AUGUGGAGCGUCAGUGGUGACCCCUCGAAAUACCACGCUAAUUAUUAUAAUUCACUUCAACGGCGAAAUCGCAAGAAAGAUGAUUUGACACCGCGGGCAGUGUGCUACUGCCCGGUUGCAAGAUGCUCCGGUCUCGACGAUCACUAUGCCACAGCUUCCAGGUGUAGACCUCGGAAGUGGUUCGAGUGCACUGGCCAACGAUGUCCAUCCUUCCACACCCAGGAAUCACCACCGUAUCCACUCUCCGAGAAGCAGGUCAUUCGGCAGAAGAAGGCGCAUGCCAUUAGCCGCGAGGUGGAGUGCAACUGUCGGAGCUUCAAGUGCGUCAAAACGUUCGUAGUUGCGUGCCUCAGUGAUGCCCUCGUUCUCCAAGUUAUUGAGCCCUACUUCAAGAACAUGGACGCUGGAAUGCCGUGUGAAUUUAGCGGAUGUGGACGUGACAGAGCGUUAGACGACAACACCCUCACCGUGAGCCCACGCUCCACACCCGUGGUGAUGCCACGUGACAACAAGCUAGGUGGGGGUUGCAUCCCUUACUGCAAUCAGGAUUAUCAGGGCAUGGGUCAGGAUUGUAUUGAUUUUGCUCACUGCAGUGGGCUCCCGACGGGUCCCUUCACUGGCCACGAGUCUCAACAUGACUUUGUUGGCGAGUUACAGUUCAAGAACUUCGAGCUAGUCUCGCCAGACGCCACACACGGCGCGGAUUCAACCACGCUGCAGUUCGUUGUCGCGUUAACUGCCAAACCAUCGCAUUUAUUUAACUUACUGAUUCCGGUGCUUUCUAAAUUCCUGCAUUGUCCGCUGUUACCUCAAGAGCAGGACUUGCGUAAAGUGGGUCUUGAGAAAUUGCUUGAAUGUGCGGCUGGUCUCUUCGCGACGAAGUCGUUCGAGUGCAAUUUCACUCCGUGUGCUGAGGAUGACCUAGGCCAGCAAGAGUGCACGAAACCGUCGUCGUCAGCAUCUUCGACGCCAUAUUUUCGAAUGGGUUUGGGCCAGCCAAAGCCCGCCAACACCACUAUUAAGGCGGCUCCUGAAGAAAGAGGCGGCCGUCGGGUUGGAAAUUUAUUUAAGCAUUUAUCCUGA